AUGUUGUCACCUAAUCUGCUUGCACUAGAGACAUCGCUGAGCGAAGAGGGCAUGACUGUCGCAUCCACCCGCUCAAGCGGCUCUGGGAAGAGUACCGGUCGAUACGAUUGUUUCAAUGCCAUGCUCCAUCCGAAAGGUCACUACUACUCUGCCAAGGAGCUCUUUGCACGAGGCGUCUGGAUUGGAUACUUAUCGCCAGAUAGACACAACGAAUCCUUUCGUGGGCUACCGUCCUUUGGCACCCUGAAGUCGAAUUUCAACAAAUUCAGUCAGCCAUAUCCUACAAGCAUGCACGGCUCUAAACUGGUCAUCAUGCCACUUGACGGCGACGAUAACGCUGGUGUGUUUGCCAUCAUGUUACCCCAAAAAGUUGACAGAUCUUUGCGUGGUCUCCAGAUCUAUCGACCAUACGAGCUCACCAAUGAUGGCAAAGGAGAUACUUUUGUCAACAACUAUAUGCUCCUUACCCUCCGUAACCCAAUUAGUGAAGCUGGCACAUUGGAGACAGUUCUUGAGGUCCUGUCGACCCAAGAGCAUGCUGCCACUAUACAGAAAGAUGUGAGCCUACCGAAUUAUGUUCUGGACGACCUUCCUACUAGCUCAUAUUCUUCUACUAUCCCUGAGAUAAAUUCUGGCCUUCGGCUCCCUAUAGCCCGUGUCGCCGAGACGAUUGUCGACGAUGAAACGUCAGUCGCGUCCAAACGGCGAAAGACCGGUAGCACACCAGGAGAAAGCUACAACACAACAGGGUACAACCGACUAGAUGGGACCGGUAUGGACACUCCAGCGGAGGUCGCAUUGACGCCUGAAUCUUCAGAGCCAGAGCGAGAGGUCGCCAAAUCCCCAUGUCUUGACGAGAGUGUCACAAAGGGCAACAGCCCUGCCCAACAGCAGAGCAUGAUGACACCUGAACCAUCAAUAUUGGAAGCUCCAGCAGACAAAGCUCCAAAUUCUGUGCAGAGUAUUCCCAGAGAUGAUAGUCCUGUCCAACGCCUAAGCACAAUGAUGCCUGAACUGCCUCAACCAGCACUGCACGCAACUAACGCUCCAAUUUCAGUACAGAGCAUCCCUAGGGACGAAAUUCCUGUUCAGCAACCAAAAACGAUGAAACCUGAAGCCCCUAAACGAACUAUUCAGACCACUGAGGCUUCAAUUCCCGUACAGAGCAAACCACUCGGUAUCACCGACGAACAAGCCGAGUGCGUUCAUCUGGUCUGGACUGUCAACGACUCGGAAAUAGAAUACGAUUUCGUACACACGCUGGGCGAGUGUAAGACGUUUGCGGGAUUGCUUUCGCUCUUGGAAGAAGACGCAGAAGCCAUUCCAGCCAUCGCUGGCAUUCUGGCCAGGACAAAGACAUGGCGGAUGACUUUUCGUCUCAGCGAUGGUACCAAAAAAGCCAUUGUCGCUCGCAAAGGUGCAGAAGCUGCCUUCAACCGACUUAAACUCACACUUGCUCAAGCUCCUAUUUGGAGUAGCAACCCAAACUCCACAGUGGAUGUCGAACUCAAGUUGCUUAGUUGAUCCGAUUCGAUUCGACGAGUGCUGCAUUUCAUUGAAAACAUCUGCUAGUGCAGCAAAAGAUGACACAAUCUCAUGCGGCAGUCAGCUCGUCACGACACAUACGACUGUCAAAAUUUCGUUGUUGUCUGUACAAGUCCUACCGAGCUCGAUGGCAUUAUCGGACAUUGAACCUUAUAUACCCCCUGUUUCAUUAUUUCUUUUUAGCUGGAUGCGAUGGAUUCGAUAUAUCUACGGUAGGCACGCAACUGGGGGUUGUAAGCAUUGCUCAAGGUCCAUGUAUAUAUAUUAUGG